GGGGGCUCUCGCUUCAUGUGGAUGUUAACAAGGUACAGACGAAUAGUACCUAAGCAUGUGUACACAGUACACGAGCAUUUAAAUGAUAUCCAUUACGCAAUGUUUGAAAUGCCAUUAAAUGAUAUAUCUUAUCGCAAAUACAACACAUUAAUCAAAUAAAAAAGCAUUACUGGCGUAUUCAUGUUUAUACAAAUAAUGUUAUAAAUAAAUAAUGCGUUGUAUUAAAUACUCAUUCAAGCAUAAAUUACGUCAAUGAAACAUUGGCGAACGUUGUUAAACUGUUCGUUGAUAGCGGCGCAUGUUCUUAGAAUGUGGAUUCUACUAUAUGAUAUUAUAUUUCUAUGAAGAACGUUUCAACGUUUCGAAGUUACCAGCCUAAAGUGGAAUGCAAACGUGGCUAGCUUCUCUUUACGUAAAUAUGAGAAGACAAGGUAAAAUCAAUGAUUUACGAAGAUUGCACUUUUAUUAAUAACAAUAAUGAAUAAAUUGCAGCAAAUUAAUGGACAAACAUUAAAAUAUGUCAGUUUGAUUACAUUGACUCUUCAAAAUGCAUUGGUUGGACUUAGUAUGCGUUAUGCUCGAACAAGAUCUGGGGAUCUCUUCUUGUCAUCUACGGCUGUUGUUAUGUCAGAGUUAUUAAAACUCUUGACAUGCUUAGUUUUGGUCUAUAUUGAGGAAGGCAAUCUAUUGAAAUUUUAUAUUGCCUUGAAACAAACCAUUGUAAAAGAACCUUUUGAUACAUUGAAAGUAUGCGUGCCAUCAAUUUUAUACAUCAUACAAAAUAAUUUACUUUACGUGUCAGCAUCAAAUUUAGAUGCAGCGACAUAUCAGGUGACUUAUCAACUCAAGAUUCUUACAACAGCUUUUUUUGCUGUUGUAAUUCUUCGAAGAUCAUUGAGAAGUUCUCAAUGGAGUGCAUUGAUACUUUUAGUUAUAGGAGUAGUAUUAGUACAAUUAGCACAAAGCGGAACAGUUAUGUUGCCGUCAGGUAUAGAACAGAAUCAUUUAGUUGGUUUCACAGCUGCCUUAAGCGCAUGUUUCUUGUCAGGUUUUGCAGGUAUAUAUUUUGAAAAAAUUCUUAAGGGAUCGGAUAUCUCUGUUUGGAUGAGAAAUGUUCAGUUAAGUUUAUUAUCCAUACCCUUUGGGUUAGCCACUUGCUUUAUAAAUGACGGCGAUAUUAUUAAAAGGCAAGGUUUCUUUUUUGGCUACGAUUCGUUCAUUUAUUACUUAGUAAUACUUCAAGCGCUCGGUGGACUUAUUGUUGCUUUGGUUGUAAAGUAUGCGGAUAAUAUACUAAAGGGAUUUGCCACCUCUUUGGCCAUCAUUAUUUCAUGCAUAGCUUCUAUUUAUUUAUUUGAUUUUCAUUUAACGUUUCAAUUUACUUUUGGUGCAUUUUUAGUAAUUUGUUCAAUAUUUUUAUACAGCUAUCAACCUAAAGCAUCUAUUGAUAAACAUUCUUCUUUAGAUAAAUCCGAUGUAUAAUAAUAUAAUUGACAAUCUUUUCUUUUUAUUUUUUUUUCCUUAAAAGAACCAAAUUCGUAUUUACGUUAAUACUUGAAAUGAUUAUUACCGUAAACACGAACCGUGUUAACAAUAUAUUCAAAUUAUUCAUUUAAAAUAGAAAUAAUUAAAUCAAAUAAACGAAAGAGUUAUUUAUAAUUUUGGCAAAGAGUAAUGGACUAAUGGAUAUUUGAAUAAAAUCAAUUAAUCAAUUUUUUAUAACUGUUGUAUUUUUAUAUAAAAAGUAUUAUAAUAUAUAAGCGCAUAAAAAAAGUAAAAUCCAACUUAAAAGUAUUUCUUUAUACGAGAUAGUCUAUUAUUAAACAUCUUAUGCAAAUUUCAUGCAUAUAAGUAUAGCGUAAUAAACAGACUUGAUUAUUAGAUUAUAAAGAUAAUAGAUCCCUAUGAAUUAUGGUCAUGGCCUAGAAUUGAUUUUCGUUCUGAAGAUAAACUAUUUUUCUGUGUUAAGAACUGAACAAAUUGUAUUUAGAAAAGAAAAAAAAUCUUUGUAACGCAGAAUGUGCAAAUUUAUUCUUAAAAAUUUAUUUAAGAAGAAAUACAAUUGAAUCUUGAAAUUAGAUCUUUCAUUAACGAUACUUUUUGUACGUAAUCUCAUUUUGUGAUAAAUAUAAAACAACAAUUUUAUAUUUAUGAAGAUUAUUUUGUAAUCGAUUAGUAAAAAAUUGAUAGUAACUGAUUGCAAACUAGCAAAGAAAAAAAAAGAAAAUUUGGAAAAUA